AUGGGGCCCCCAGGCAAUAGGGGAUCAUGGGGCCCCUGUGUCCUUGCCCACACUCAAAGCACACCCAAAAAAGCCUAUAAAAGGUACCAGGGGCAUCUCAUGGGGCCCCCUACUGACCCCGGGCCCUCGGGCAGUGCCCGAGUUUCCAAAUGGUCAGUCCCCUGUCACAGUGACAGCUGUGAGAAUGUGGAAUAGAUUCAUUCAAGAGUUGGUACUAAUCGCUCAUUGUGUUCAUUCAGAAAAGGUAGGA